CUCCAUCUCUCAUCCACAUCCGUUACUCUGCAUCUUCAUCGAAUCGGCUGCUACAGUGGCUCUGGGGCUCAUUCCUUCGUUGUAAAAGCUCAUUCCCCAGUUCCGCUGCCAGGCACCAUCCAAGCUUUCAUCCUUUCCACUGUACUACAUUCGCUCUUCUAUACCUUACACGCAUAUCCACACCCUGUCUCGUCACUCGCUUUCCUUUCGAUUUCAUCCUCACCGUCUUGUCCAAGCACACCCCUCUUCUUGUCUCUCGCUGUCUCCACCAUUCGCUCGAGUCAUAGUUUCUCUGUAUCGUUCCUAUCAUGGAUGCCAGGCCAUCUAGAAGGGCCAUGGCUCAUGCUGCUCAUGCAGCUGGCAUCUUCGCAGACAUGUCUGUCGACGGUCCUGCUAUCGGGACUUUAGUUAUCAUCGUUGAUCGUGCCAAAAAUUUGCCUAAUCGCAAGACGAUGGGCAAACAAAACCCUUAUUGUGCCGCCCGUCUGGGUAAAGAAGCCAGGAAGACAGAAACUGAUCUCCGUGGUGGACAAACUCCUCGAUGGGAUCAAGAGCUUCGCUUCACUGUUCAUGAGUCUCCGGACUAUUUCAAGCUCAAAGUGUCCGUCUUCAACGACGACAAGAAGACCGACUUGAUCGGCGAAACCUGGGUCGAUCUCAAAGAUCUGAUCAUCCCCGGUGGAAGCCAAAACGAUCACUGGCACCCCCUGCAGCAUCGUGGAAAGUACGCAGGUGAAGUGCGUCUUGAGAUGACGUACUACGACACACGGCCUGCAGAUGAGGCUGUCAUCGAACGUCGAACCAUCGGAACUGAAAAGUCUCAUACCAGAAAGAGUAUCACAACAGCAUCACAGUUCACCUUGACUGCGGCUUCUACUCCUUCUCCAUCAUCCUCCAAUCUUUCGGGGCCCAGACAGUUGAAGGAUGUCAAGCGACGUCCACUGCCAACAAAUCCCCUGCCGAGCAACAACAACAAUCCACUGCCAAACAAUCCACCGCCAAACAAUCCACUGCCAACCAAAACAACUAGAACACCUCUCGCGCAGCCGGCAUCCGCUGUGGCAAGCCAUGCACGACCGAAGCAUUUGCAUGGUCAUCCUGAGUGGGCUUAUGAAACUCCUGACGAUAUUCAAAAAUGGAACUCGUCGCACGCCCACGAUCCCACGAUGAAUCAGACUCUGAGAAACACGGACUACUAUCACCACGUCCACGAAAUUCCGUCACAGACCACGGAAGUUCGGCCUCAAUCCGGGCAUACCAAUCAUAGCAACAUGCCACCGGCAGACUACUCUCGUCAAAACAAUCCUCUCAUCCAACAGAAUAUUGGGAUCACCCGGCAGGAGAAUCCACUCAGCGGCUCGCUCAAUCCAGUCCAUUCAACAAUCGGGAACGAAAAUACAACGAUUACACCACCAGGCAAUCCUCCUGUGCCACGGCCACAGGGGAUGGAGAGCAUGCGUCCUCAAAGCAAUCAUAGCAAUUAUCCAUUUUCGUCAGCCGAGCAAUAUGUUGGCAACAUUUCAAAUCCCCAACUCGCCCGCGACGUACCUCAAGCACCACAAAGCAUGCCUUCAUCACCCUCAACCAUCAUGCCCAUGUCGAGCAUCUCGAGCGUGCCUAGUCAAUCGAGUAGCUCCGACGGUGGAAGUACAGUUUAUCCCUGCUCGCACAAGAGCCCCUUCUCGAGUGAGCCAAGUACGGUCUAUCCAUAUCCGCACAACUAUCAAAACACCUCCUCCUACAACAGUGGCAGCAGUUCCAGCCAGCCCGCGGCUCGGCAUCUUGAAUACGCUCCACAGAACAGCUCUUCUGGCAGUGAGAGCACAAGCCACACUUACCCAUCCACUGGUUCCUAUCUCAGUGAUGGCAGUCAAUCUUUGGACUAUGGUUCAGAAUUCUAUGACGGUUCCGAUGGCAGUGGGCCCAGUAUGAUUUAUUACGGCAAAAGCAUCAGCGAAGGUGGACAUCCCAUUCCUGAUUAUGUGUGGGCGGCAAUGCAGCCUCGCGUCGAAGACGAAGAUGAUGAAACAAGCUUUCCACCUCCACCACCUGCCCAUCGGGUUGGGCUUGUUCACAUCAGAAAUAUAAGGCCUCCUUCUCUGGUCUCUUCUGUGUCUUCCGGUAUUCCUUCAGUGUCCUCCGGACUACCUUCCAACUACACCACAGCUACGACUGCAGUCGAUAGCGAAAUGAUUGUGCCUGUUCCAAGCACGAAUCCUCUCAUUGGAAUGCAGAAUAUGUCUCCUGCCACGAGUGGCCCCUCAGUGCCACCCAGCCUUGUUGCUGGCCUUGAUCCAGUACUUGCUGACGCGGAGUCGGACCGGGUCGCCUACGAAAUCGAAGCACGACGCAGAAGUUGUUUGAUUGAAGAAAAUCCUCUGAGAAUGCCUCCACGUGACGCAUCUCCAGCACCGCCGUAUCCUUUGGAUACUCCGCCAUUGGAUAAUCAUGUGAAUCGUUCGUCUAUCAGCUCCAGUUCCGACAGACAACUGGUUCCGCGACGCAAAUCUGUCAGUCCUCGGCCUCCAAGUAUGAGAGAGCGCGGGGUAUCUCCCACUCCUUUUUCACCAGACUCGUAUGAUGCUCUCAACCCCAAUGCAUCACGAUCUGCAGUUCUACGCGAUCCUGCGCCACCCUACGAAACACCUUCUCAAGCGAUGGAAGCGGCAAAGCGUGGCGACAUGGACACGACUCGAGACAUGGGUCCGAUUAUUGGAGACGAUGGUCGUGAGAUUGACCCGUCUGAUCAUCUUCCUACAGAUACCUGGGCGCCAGAGCCCGAGCGCAAGACGAAGAAGCCUGGGGUCGUUGUGCGCUUUAGAAAUCCUCCUCAUCGGGCUAGUCCCUCGACACGCCCAGCAACCGAUGGCACAGCUGAACGCGGAUUCGGCAUUCGACGUCUGCCCGCAUAUAUGGAUGGAGCGUCCGAUAUGGAACGCACUCCUCGCACUACACGACGUGAGCACAGCCGCGGUCGUGAAGAGUAUCGCGGGCAUGGACAUCCCAAAGUUUACAGCACGACCAGCUCAAGCUCUCAUGGGCGUAUGACACAUCGCAAGUCGGUCUCACCGGCGCCAUCUUACUCAUCUCCGCGCAUGUAUGCGCCGGCCAACAUUGGUCCACCUAUUCCUUCGAAAGUUCCUAUCGCACAGGCGAUGAAUCAGAGUUAUCCUGUCCUUGGUGGCAGCAUGGGCAUGGACGCCCUUAGUCGAGAGUUGAACACUAUUGAUAUCGGAUCUGUGGGUUGCAGCGGCGGCGGCGGCGGCGGCCGCAGCUUGAAGAAGUACGCACCCAAGUCUAUGGGAUAUGCAGUCUGAAUUAGUUCGAGCACUUUUGUAUUCUUCCGAAUGUUGGGACUUUGGUUGGGAUUCUUAGAUUAGGUACACGUGGGGAAGGAGUUUGGAAGGAGCUGGGUUUGUUAGUUUG